AUGAACAACAUUGAGCGUGAACAGGUUUCCCUUCAGCAACUCAAAACAAGCAGAGGAAAGUCCCGCGAGUACAACAACAGGCUAAAAGCUCAUCUCGGUCUGAAAAAGCAUGAUCGGAUUUCAGAUGGCCCACGGGUUUGUUUCGGGUUCCCAAAUCAAAGUACGUCUAGCAAAUCCAGUGGCCUCGAAGUGGACACAAAAGAAAAUCGUAGGCCUUCACCGUGGAUCGAUGAAGAGGAUAAUGUCAUACUUCCUGGCAGAUUUUCCGUCGAUGAAUGUGCAUUGUACAGAACACCAUCGAGGAGAAACUCAUGCUCUCUACUACACGAGUCCUAUAACGACGAAUCAGAUUCAGAGUUGAGCGAUGUGUCCUUUGCUUCGACUCUUAGCACAAACCGUUCAUCCCGGAGCCAUAAGGUCUCUUCUAAAUAUCUGCAUGAUUUAAGAGAACGAACGAGCAAAGGGUCAUCACUAGGCAACAACAAUAUGGCCAAACUAAGGUCACAACAAGGUUCCCAGAGAGCUAACAGCUUUAGGGGCAUUGAGAAUACGAUCAAGAGGACUAAUCCAGUGGCCAGGAGCAAGAAGAAGCCUUUUCUCUUUUCUUCUCCAUUAAAACCAAAGACAUAUGACGUAGAGGCUGCUCAUCAGCUGAAGCUUAUGAACAACCGGCUGGUUCAGUGGAGGUUUGUCAAUGCUAGAGCCUCUGCUGCAAUUAGUAGCGUAGCCUCCCGAGAACAGAAACAAGUACUCUGUGCUUGGGAUACUCUUACCAAGUUAAAACAUUUGGUUCUGCAAAAGAGAAUUAAACUGCAGAAGAAAAGCUUGGAGAUGAAGCUGGAUCAUGUGCUUCUUUCUCAAGUUAAACCUCUUGAAGCUUGGGAAGACAUGGAAGAACAACACUUUUUAUCCCUGUCCAUGACCAGACAAGCCCUGCAUUCUGUUCUUUACAGGCUUCCCCUAAGGGAAGGUGCAGAGGUGAAGAUAGAAUCAGCUGUCACUUCAUUUCAGAAAGUAGAAGCAGUCGCUGAUGCUAUCGCUUCAACUGUGAAUAGUUUAGCUCCCACGAUGGAGGGUAUUGUUCCACUUGCCUCUCAACUUGCAGAAGUGGUGGCACAAGAGAAGCUGAUGCUCGAGCAGUGCCAGGGUCUUUUGAGAAUGAUUUCUGAGUUGGAGAUGAAGGAGAGGAGCAUGAAGUGCUGCCUUCUCACCCAGCACAGGCAGACUUUGGAUACAAAACUUGUUCAAGACUAG